ACGACAUUAGCGACAUCUUCUCACCCCGUACGUUUCCUGGUGGUACGUCGACGAGAGCAGGUCUCCACCAGGCCGCCACGGCCGCCCUCGGGACCGACCCCUGUGCCCUGUGUGCCCAGUACCUCGCCCGUGCCGCGUACGCAGCCGGCGAUGGCCGACAGCGAGUUCGAGGAGUUCCGGCACUACUUCGAGAGGUUGCCCCAGCACCUGAAGGCGCCGCUCUCCAACUACACGCUCGUGCACGAUGUAAUGAUCGAUGAUUCACCGACGUCCUCGCAAGGGAGCGACGGGGAAGUCGGCAGAUCCUGCGACGCCGUCACCGGUGACUCCGAGGAUGAAGAGGUCGUCGUUAUACAUCGGCACGACAACCAAAGUGGACAUACCACCCCCGAUGACAGCGAGGAGUUGGAUCACCGUUGCUCGAUCAUAGCUGACAGCGACUUUAGGUUGGUAACGUCCUUGUUCGGUGGACUGAGCAGCAGGGGUCGAUCGGUAGGCGGCGGCGGACCAGGACCGGGCGGGGGUGGCACCACCGUAUCCGUUAACGGCGGCCGGGACAGCGUCGUCAGCGACGUCGGCGAUUCGUGUUCCAGUUUGAGCUCCUGGCCUACACCGGAGCACGUACCGGCAAAUCGACCCGGAAGCGGCGGCACCGAGCGUAGACGUCGGAGGUUGCCGGAAAUUCCGAAAAACAAGAAAUCUCUGCCCAUGUGCCAGACGUCCAUGCAAACGUCAUCGUCGCUGGCAGAUGAGUUAAGUGCCGCCACCGGCUUGACCUCGUCCCGGCCUCAUCUUGUUCUAAGGAAAUGCCACCCCAGGCUCCGUCACGAGGACAGCUCGCCCGACAGCGAGAGGAUGGCCACCGACAGCGGUCACUCCACUGCUCAUUCCCCGGAAAACGGGCCCAAGAGCGUGUCGCCUAUACCUUGCAAUACCCUGCAGAAUACGGACUCGGGGUCGCCUAGCAGCACUCCAGGAAGCGGAGGCGUACCGUUCACCCAGCUGGAACUGCUCGAGGCGACGCAUCGAGGCCUGCACAAAUUCAUACCGCGACACCACGACGAAAUUGAUCUGGAAAUUGGAGACCCCAUAUACGUGCAGAAGGAGGCCGACGAUCUGUGGUGCGAAGGCGUGAAUUUGAGGACCGGUCGGCAAGGUAUCUUCCCGUCAGCUUACGCGGUUGACAUGGAGUACAGCGACUUCGAUCCCACCGCGCCGAAAGUCAAGAGGGAGAGAUACCUACUGGGUUAUCUGGGCUCGAUAGAGACUCUGGCGCACAAGGGUACGGGAGUGGUUUGCCAGGCGGUACGGAGGAUCCUUCGCAAUUCUACGCAGGAUCCGCCACCCUCGCAGAGCUGCAUCCUCGAAGUGUCCGAUCAGGGUCUCCGGAUGGUCGAUAGGAGUAAACCGCGGAAGAGUCAGGGCCCCUGUCACGACUAUUUCUACUCGCUGAAAAAUGUAUCGUUCUGCGCGUUCCAUCCGCGCGAUCAUCGCUACCUCGGCUUCAUCACGAAACACCCCACCCUGCAGAGAUUCGCUUGCCACGUGUUCAUCGGUCAGGAAUCUACGAGACCCGUCGCCGAAGCUGUCGGACGCGCUUUUCAUCGGUUCUACACGAAAUUCAUCGAGACUGCUUUUCCCAUAGAGGACAUCUACAUUGAAUAAACUCAGCUCUCGGCCUGACGUAUAGUGGCUGCGGAGAAAAUAAUAAAUUUCACUUACCCCCCACCCGCCGACCCCUGUACAUAUUACCCGCUAGUUGUAGAUAUAAAACAAUAAACGCGAAUCAAACACAACUAGUUUAUAUACAUUGAAUAUGUACAUACAUGUAUCUCUCUGACGCACUUUCCUCCAACGAAAGGGGAUUGACUUUUACGAAGUCAUUUAUCAUUUCAUGGAUUACACGUGGGAGCCUAUGGCGAUUUUCCUGACUGCAAUAUUUUAUUGAUGUCUUUGUGAUACUAUAACCAUGCCAAAUUUCGAACGAAAGCGGUGGGUUGGUAAUUGAAAAUUAAAAAAAAAAAAAA